AUGUCUUCCACAGGCAGUUUCUGCCUUGAACGUCAAAUCUUUGAUCCUACGGUCGUUUCCGACGCCUCACGAGCCUUCACCGAUCGACUUCAAGUUCAGUCACGGACGGCCACCAGAUGGUACGACGUAGGAGCCGCCGAAUAUCGUCAACUUCGAGCCAAUGGCACUACAAUACUUCCGGGGACAAUUUAUCUACCUGACGCUACCGAUAUCUCCAUACCUUCUCGGGAUAGAGACCGCUCUAUACCAUGUCGCAUUCUCAGACCACAAACCGAGGCAGUCGUGGACGGCGUCCUCAUGCACGUUCACGGUGGUGGCUGGUGUUUGGGUGACGAGAAGUCACAGGACACACUUCUCCAAGAUGUUGCAAACGCCCACAACCUGGUCUGCAUUUCUGUUGGCUAUCGACUUGCACCCGAAUUUCCUUUCCCGUCAGGACCGCAGGACUGCUUCGAUGUCGCCGAAUGGCUUGUUGAUCAUGCCCAGCAGCGCUUUGGUGCGCCUCUGUGCUUCGUUGGAGGUGAAUCGGCUGGCGCACACCUAUCCCUGCUCGCGGUGUUGUAUAUGUUACAGCAUGGCAUCGGGAGAUACUCUGAGUUUCGCUUGAAGGGUCUCUUGCUUCACUAUGGAUGUUUUUCACUCCGCUGGCUGCCCAGCGUAUAUGAAGUUUCGAGGCGUGUUCCAAGUCUGGUACUAGAUCUGCGGAUACUGUCUGCGUUUCGUGAUGCUUUCGUCCCGGGCUGGACAGAUGCAACCCUCGACAAGGCGGAACUGAGCCCGUUGUACGCAGAGCUUGAUAGACUCAGGGGUAAGCUGCCGCCGACGCUGUUCACUUGCGGCACCGAGGACUACCUCCUGGACGACACCCUGUUCAUGAGCACUCGUUGGCUGGUUGCCGGUGGCGAGGUCACCGUAAAGAUCAUACCGGGUGCCCCUCAUGGAUUCAUGUCGUUUCCCAGAGAUACCGAGGGUAGUGGCUCUGCGGAAGGAAGAGACAUAAUGGACAGCUUCCUCGCAGCAAGGAUGCACGGCUCUUAG